GAGUAGGUGGGACGUGCUCGUGUAAACAGCCCGGCUCAGUGAGUGCAACUACAUUUGUGUGACUUGGACUUAAAGACGCAGAGCACAACAAAAGAUGUCGGCACGGCCUCCUCCAGUGAUCCCUCGGAAGCAUUCGGGUGUCCGAGUCAUGCCCGUCCCUAAACGGCAAGCUGCCUUGGAUGAGCUCCCUGAAAGCGCUGAUUCCGAUAAAGGGAACCAUGCCAAAUUGGAGUCCAACUCUGCCUCACAAGUGAAUGAAGAAAGAGAAGUGGAAAUUCUGAACCACUGCUUUGACGACAUUGAGCGCUUCAUGCUGCGUUUGCAGCAGACGGCCGAUGCCCAGAGCAUUCUCAACCAGAGGAAGAAAAGAAGCAGGAAGAGCAAGAAGCAAAGCCAAGAUGAUUUGAUUACCAUGAAAGCGGUUCCUCCGUCCCAAGAAGAAUUUGUAGACCUCUUUCAGAAAAUCAAAUACUCCUUCAGUCUGCUGGAUCGUCUCAAGUCAGCCAUAAGGGAACCCAGCGCACCAGAGUUGCUCCAUCACAUCUUUUUCCCACUGGAGCUGGUGAAUCCACGUCAGAUGAUGAAAACCACAGGGGGGCCACAAUUAGGGGGGUCUGUGGUCAGUCCUGCAUUGACCACUGGAGCCGUUUCGCUGCUCCAGGAGCAUCUGACUGCGAAGGAAAAACGGCUCUGGACUGAGUUAGGCCCCAACUGGACUUCCCCCUGUUCCGAGCUGGGUGUGUCCGUCCCUCCUUACUCGCCCGUCUUCCUGGACGGGUGGCAGCCGCAGGCGUUUGACUCGUCCGGUUUGCCUCUGGAAGAUCCUGUCGAGUCGCAGCACAAACGAGACUCAUACGUGCGGAGUGAACACGCGGCGGCAGACCCCGUCGAUGAAGUUGAAGGAAAUGGACUUCCGCCACCAGGGGAGAGAAAUUACUACUGCACUUACGACUUUGUGGCAAGAAACAGCAGCGAGCUGUCGGUGCUGCGGGGAGAAACCCUGGAGGUCAUCGAGUCAUCAAAGAGAUGGUGGAAGUGUCGCAAUCGCUUUGACCAGAUCGGAUUUGUUCCAAGUAAUAUCUUGGAACCGCUAAACAACAACGGUGGAGAAAAAACAAUGAUGUCACCCGUUUUGUACGAACCCUUGAGUCCAGUUGGCACUUCUUCGAUCGUGAUGAGGCCGACGGCGAGGUCUCAGAGCAUGUUGGCGCGUUCUUCGACCAUACAUGGAGAAAAUGGAGAUCGAGUACUGAUCAUGAACGACGAGUUUCUCCAACGAGUGGCGCAGAAAAGAGCCUCAGUCAGCCAUCCUCCUCUCAGGACGUCUCGCUCGUUGGAAACUUCUCUGGUGCUGAACUACCAAUCUCCAGCGUCAGAGGUGGAGGCCUGGCUCGUAGCAAAGGGCUUCAGUCAGCAGACGGUGCAGAGUCUGGGCGUUUUAACCGGGGCGCAGCUUUUCUCCUUGAACAAGAGGGAACUCUGUGAAGUGGCUCAGAAUGAAGGGAGCAGAGUGUACAGUCAUGCUCUGAUGCAGAAGGUCAUGCUUGAGGAUGCACGAAAGGUCUCCGAAUUGGAGAAGGCCAUGGAGAGGCAAAAGCUGAAGAUUGGCACGACGGAAUGAGUCGGCGUACGUGUUUAGACAACACGUCAUAAAUGUGAAUCGUGUUUUACGAGCAGUUGAUCCCGACUGCGGAUUGGCUACAUAGCUGGUUUGGAUGUUAAGUAUUUUCAUGUGCAAGCAAAAGCAAUUUUAUUUUCGUGUUGUACGAAUAGACUGAGAUAGGUUGCUAGAAACCCAUGAAAUGUGCAUUGUUAAUUUCAAAUGACUGCUGCAAAUAAAUACAUUUGGUUUUAA